CAGAGCCACGUUUGAACACCUGAAAAUGGCUAGUUUUGCGUGCUUACUAAUAUUUAUUAGAAUUAUUUUAGCAAGUGCAGGAAACUUUGACGAGCUUAUCCUAAUAGACCAGAAUGAGUUAUUACCAAGAUUGCCUUCAGGUAAAACUUGGGACCUUAUUCUUCAAAACCCCUACGAGGGUGCCAUUGAAAUUGCUGAAUCACCGGUGGAUAAAUUCCAGAUUCUCAUAAACAUUACUGGGAAUCAACAAAAUGAUUAUGAAAGACUGAAAUAUCGUCUUAGAAGUACAGAAGAUUCUCUUUUUGUUGAACUGUAUCCUCAUUUUUCGCCUCCAAUCUAUCGUAAUGAUGGCGAGGAAGAGAAGAUCUACUUACAGUUGUUAUGCGUUACUAUUGUGUCACUCGUCCUAGUUGUAUUCGUUGUGUCGAUAAUAUUCUCUUGUUGGUGGACUAAAAGUCAUAAAACAUCAGUUGACUUAGGCAUUACAGACGCUGUUUAUUAUAUCUCCUUGAAACAUGAGGAUGGUCAAAUAGAUGGUGAACACCGAUGUUUAAGAAAGAAAUCUACCGAGAUGAAUGCAACUAAUAAUGCAACAAAUAAGACUACAAAUUCAGAGGAUCAAUGUGAGCUGAUUGAAUUAAUAUCGACUGCACAUUCAAGAUCUGAAGAAACUCCAGAGACUAAAGCACAUGUCUAUGUCUCACCAACUGUAGCUUAUGCAACUGUGUCUAUGGCUAAUAACUCCCAGUUGGGAAUGUCAGCGUUAACAACCAUCCUACCGUCCAAUUAUCCCCUUCCACGAUAUGUUGUAGCAGCUGGUGAAAUGAGCAGUAGUAAUAAUUUCACUUCUGAAUUCGAUAAACUACCAGAUGGAACAUUGAUUGGUACACCGAUAUUAAUAUCAGCCAAUUCUAAUAAUGGUGUUGUAACAGGUUUAAUACCAGAGUCGAGUAGUACAAAUAUGAAUUCAUCAGUCACAUAUGUGAAAUUAGCUAAACCAUUUGUUGUCAACUCUGAACAAAUGAAUACAUCAGUUGGUCAACAGUGUAGUAGUAGUAGUCAAGACGAUCAUCCAUUAGCCGUGGGAUCUGUUCAGAAUUUGAAUAAUAUUAAUCAGUCGAAAAACCUAGCUACAAGCUCUUUACGCUUAAGAACGCUGCCUUCAAGACGUCAUGUGGCUAAAGAAUUUCUAGACGAGUCAGUUCUAGCUACAAUGGCUCGUUCAAAAACUCCAUUAAAUAAUAAAAUCGGUGUUAAUCAAAUUACACAAGUGCAUACUGAAGCAGUAAUGACUACUGCUCAUGCUUUACCAAGUAGUGCACUAGUAUCAUUAAAUCCAUCGGUACUGUUGAUUCGAACAAGUCAACCAGUUAAAACUAUUAAUGAAGAAUGUGAAGGAAAUAUGAAUGAAACUGAUCAAAUUAAAGUUGUAACAACACUGCCUGAAUUAUUGUCAAACAGGUCUAUAGGAACAAUGUCCUGUGGAAUUGCCAACGCAGUACCACUCUACGUUAGUCAUCCAGCAUCUGGAGGUCUGGUAGAAUUAAUGACAGCUCAAAGUAUCGGAUCUGUACCGCCUUUUACAAUGACAUCUGGUGUAAUCCCCAUAUCGUGUAAUUCUCAACAAAUCCUAAACCAUUAUAUUCCUGCUGGUCAUGGUUCAGAUGAAACGAGUGGAAUUUUGUCCGAUUCUGAAGGUAGUACAAGUUUUACAAUCGGUGGUAAUAUAUCUGCCCAAUCAAAUACCUUAUUCUUGCCGCAUGGUCUUUAUCCAGUCUCUGGAAGUACAGAUGUUCAAAUGAUUCCACAAGUAGUCGGUGGUGAUACAGCAAAGUCAACCACAGGUUUCACACCAUUUAUGUCAGCAAAUUCACAAGUUACAGAUCCCCCUGCUUCAACUAUGCUGCCACUGUCAGUUCUAACCGGAGGAUCAAAUUCAACUGGUGCAACAUAUGUGUCUACAGAUUUGAUUGCAGAAAUGGCAUCUUGUCCACAACAUAGUUAUUUAUUCAGACAACCCACUUCUACAUCAUCUAAUGUGGUUUCUUCUACCUCUUCAUCUAUGAGUUCUUCAAUGCCAACAAGUAAACUCUCAGAAGUCUCAACAACAUCUACAAACGCUGGAUCAAUUAACCGUUUAACAAUCAGUUCCACUACUGGAAGUAGUAGUGCUAGUUCAAUACAAACAGUUGUUGGAGCCGAUGAAAUCAACCCCAUGCCUAAUAAGAAGUCAGAUGAUAUAGUACUCAUGGGAAAGACAAUCUCACAAACUUCAAAAGACAGUAAGACUAAAGCAGGUAGUGCUAAUGACGAUGAUGAUGAUAGAAGAAAAAGGAAUUCUAGUGAAGAACAUUCUUCGACUUCAACAAGUCAAAAAACUUGUCCUAAUCCACCAAAACGAAGUGUCAGUCUAUCACGUAAACAACUUCAAACAUCAACAACACCAACAAAUAUAAAUAAUGAGAAUAAUAACAAUGAAAAUGGUAUCGAAAGUGAAGAGGCAAACUUAGAAGCUACUGGAGAAAAUGAGUCAAAUUCAUUUAUGUCAAAUAAAUCAAAUCAUCAAAUGGAUUUAAUUACAGAUAUAUCACAGACAUUACACGAUCUGCAUAAUGAUUUUAUGGAUACGCAUAAGUCUUAUGAUAAAGUGCAUUCAGCUACACUUGAACGUUUACCUUCAGCAUCAUCUUCAGCAAAAUUAGAUCUUGAAUCUUUACCACCUGGAUCCUCUUUAACUCUACCAGCGAAUUCAUCGAAUUCAUCGAGUAAUCCACGUUCUGCUUUAAAAAGUGCUGAUAGAACUGGUCCAAAAGUCAAUAAACAUCUACGCUUUACAACUCUUACUAUCAUUGCAUUAAUGUUCAUGAUAGUUAUUGUAAUAGGAAAUCCAAAUAGUGAAGAGUCAGCGGAUCGGAGUAGGCAAUACAAAAUUUCUUCAUCAAAUGAUUAUUCUGAAAAAAUUACCAAAUGGAAUGUGAUUAAAGCUGACAUCUAUCAAAAAUCUGCAUCUUUAAACCCGUCGACAUUGAAUAAAGAAUCUAAAGCGACUACAAAGAAUACAGCAGCACCACCACCAACAACAAAUCCAAAGGCUUUCGGAUCUUCUAUCUCAACAUCUCCAUUUGUACGUGUAACAAUUUGGUUACCGAAAAAAAUGAUACCUGCAGGUGAAAUGAAUCAUGAUGAAUCUUCUAGUUUAAACAAAGAUAAAAAAUCGCCGAAUUUAACACCUCAAACUAUACAACUUUGGUUAAAUCAAACCAGUGGUACUGAAGUUCGAAUAGCUGAACCGAUCAAACGAAAUUCAAUUCAUAUUUAUGAUGUGGUUGAUACACGUCAUAUUCUUGGUACACGAAUCUGUCGUCAACGUUAUGCCUGUGAACAUUCUUGUGAUCCAGGAGCUGGACAUGCUUGUAUCUGUCAGCGUGGUUAUCGUUUGGCUGGACCAAAAGAUAGAGCACGUUUAGCAUCUAUGGGAGAUCGCAUUGGUAAUGUAGCCCUGGAAAAUGUACAAGGUCGAGUAUGUUUAGAUAUUGAUGAAUGCGAUAAACCUCAUCUUCGUCGAGAAUGCGCUCGUUUAGGAGGUGUAUGCACAAAUCGUCCUGGAGAUUACGCGUGUCUGUGUCCAACUGGUCAACCGUGUAUGACCUGUGAUACAACCUGCCCUAAAGGCUAUUGGAUGUCUGGUGUUUGUGGUAGAAACCAAUCCGUUGAAUGUAAACCAUGUUCAACAUCCUGUCCAGCUGGAAUGUAUGAAGACAAGCCCUGUUCCCAAUACUCUGAUAGAAUCUGUCGAGCUUGUCGUCCAUUAUGCAUUUCUGAAGAAUUCGAGUUAUCACCAUGCAAAGGAUCAAGUAAUCGUAUCUGCAAACGUAAGGAUCUUAUACCCGAAUUAGUUGUUCCGUAUAAAAAGAAUGUUUGGUUUGAAAAUCGUAAAAAAGUACAAGAAGCGACAGUUACACUUCAUCCAGAAGAUAUUGGACGUUUACCAAUGAAUAAGUCUAUUAUUAUUGACAGAGGAUCUGGUUAUCAGGUUCGUUUGGAUUUUGAAAUCCUUAAUUUAAUGCCAGUUUUGGGUCCAGUGGAUCAUUCAUCAGGAAAUGACAACCAUCUAUUUAUGUUAGCUGCAUCAUUGAUGGAUCAGUCAACCUUGGAGCCGGAUUCUUACAGAUGGUCAUCUGCUACUGGUCAAUAUCAUACGGUGCAUGCUUAUUCAUUGAAAGCAAAUAGUACUUUAUCAAAGUUAUGCCCUUAUCCAGUCCCACCGCUUUAUCGUCUUGGUAUGCGUGUUCAUCGGAAUGUUACUACUGCUACAGUACCAGAUGCCAGUUUACCAGGCCAUCGUCCUGUUCUAGCCAGUUGUCGCACAUAUAAACAACAUGGACACUUUCCACCUUUAGAACUCACUCCACGUCAAACUGAAUCAGAACACUAUACACAAACAUUUGGAUCAGAGCAUAGAAGUAUUUAUGAUCAGUCUAAAACAAACAGCGGAAGUCCAACACCAGCGGUUGUCGCCUGUCUAGAACCUGGUCGUUUACCUUCAAUCUUUGGAUCUCAUUGGAAUGCUGAACUUGCUUCCCCGCGUUCUAUUUAUUAUGAAGAGAAGCAAUUAUGUGGUCAAUUGAAACUCGACUGUCAGCAUUGUUUAGCAUCGUGUGCUGAAGAAUUAAAAUCCAGUUCGUUAACGUGUAAACCAACUCCAGGAGCUGCUGAUAAUGGUCGUUCACCACGUUUAGAAACAUGCUUUGAUUGUUGUGCUCGAGAUAAUUGUACUGAUGUAUGCGACAAAUAUCCUGCACAUCGUUGUCAUAUGCAAUUGUGUAGUUAUGGUUUAAGAUUAGAUUUCUCGCUAACGCCGGAAUGGCCUAAACAAGGUGAAUUUCUGUGUCAUGUCCAACCAGCACCAAGUAGACCGAUAUAUCGUUUGCAUUGGACUUUAUUAUAUCAAGGUAGACCCUUGACACCUGAUCGAUUCCCAGCAUCACUUGUUCUACCGUUAUCUUCAAUGUCAGGUGAAAAUUCAGGCAAAAAUGCAAAUGGAUGGAAUUCAGGUGGUGGUGGUGGAUUAUCAGCCAAUAGUGGUGGGACUAUAACACAAACCUACAGAGGUCUGCUGCAUAUCCAGUACAGUUCAGGAUUAGAACAUUUACCGGAUGUAAUCGGUGGAACGGAUACAAUGCAAAGUGCAUAUUUCUGGAGUAAACAAACUAUACCAUUAGUGAGUGGCAGUGGAACAAGUAUUCCCUUUGAUACUUUAACAUCACAUUCCUCGUCAACUUCAUCGUCGACUAUACCAUCGGAUAGAUUUUACUCCAAUCCAAUGUUGUAUACACCAACAGAUGUAUCGAAUGAAAUUGCUAGCCUACAAGUAUGGCCUUCUCAACCAUUGAAAGUUAGCACAUCUGCGUGGACACGAUUAAGCGGUGCACCGUGUACAACAGCUGAACCAUUAAUUGAACAAUUGAAUAUAUACACUCCUGCAUUACCACCAUAUAUAGCAAUGGGUGAAGUGAAAGUUGAAUACUUAGGUAAUUAUCUGUACGCUGUAUCCCAUUCAAGAAUCAGACCAAAAUUGAGUUUUAGCCUACCUAAAACAACAUCUUUACUCGGUGCUGUGUUUUAUCCAGCCUCUGUGGAACGUGGACAUUAUCUACGAGCAAGUCUAGCCUUAGCAUGGUUAACAGAACCUGAAAUUAAAAAUGGUGAUAUUCUUAUCGACAGUAGUAGUAGUAGUGGUCAGAAGACAAGUACAAAAUUAAGAAAUUCUGAAUUGUCAUCAUCAACAAUGAAUACAGAAUCCUUAAAGAAGCAAAGAUUUUGGGUAAUCGAUCUUACCGGUCAAGUGGAUCAAUUCCCUGGAUUAUUCCGUCUUCUUGUUUAUCCAGACAAUAUAGACGAUGAUGGCGAUGAUAAUAGUAAUAAUGAUAAUAAUAACGGCAAAAAUGACAGCAUGAUGACCAACGGUAGAAUGAAAGACAAGGGCUCAGACUAUCUAUUACAACAACGCCGUCGAAAUUCACACCACCUAAUCACAUCAUCUGUUGAUGCUACUGUUGAAAUUGAAGAUGACGGGGAUGAUGAUACUUUAAAUUCUGGAAUUGAUUUAGGCGGAAAAGAACCUGAAGAUGAACCAUUAUUAGAUUAUGAUAUUGGAGUUUUUGAAGAACGUAAAUUUCAGUUACGCAUUCUUAUCCCUGGUCCUACUAGUGAACCUGACUAUGAGAAAGCUUUUCGUCUUGUCAUCCUGGACGCUAGUAAUCGUUUAGAUAUUCGAGUUAAACGAGCUGUUCAACCACCAGAUGAAAUGGCGUUACGCAGAAUCUAUGGACAACUUUCUGACGGUGAUGGUCGGCCAACUCUAGUUGAUCUACUGCCGAGUUUAGCUGCACGGCAACAAGCAAUUCAAGAUAGUUUAUUGAAAGAAAGCUCAGAAAAAAGUGAUUACACCUAUGAAAAUUCUAAUGAUAGGAAAUUUUCUAAACGAGAAGCUAACAACAACAAUUAUCCACACUCAUCUACUAAUGAUCAAAAAAUGAAUACAAGAUCUGAUAAAACAAGUGAUCAAAUUUCAUCUGCAUCCUCGUCAUCACCAUCAUCAUCCUCGUCAUCACCAGUAAUGAGAAGCACAUUCGGUCCAUCAUCUGCACUUGUUUAUUCUGUAGUUUGUAUACUUUUACUACUUUCACUUAUACUAUUCAUUGGUUAUGUCACUGAGCCUGAUCCUACAAUGGCAUGGGUUAAAUUAAGUCCAUUUGAGAAUCAAUCAAAUCUGGAUGGUGAUCGUGUGGCUUUAGUUUCAAAUCCAAUUCGUCAUCAUUAUAACAGUUGUAUAUCACGUUGGUUUCGUGUAUUUCUACUUAUGGGUUAUUUAUGCUUGAAAUCCGCCUACACAUUUGGUGUGACAUUAACAGCUUUAGCUAUUAUAAUUCGUUAUAUGACUAGUGAAUCAGCAAACAAAUUAAACAAUUUACCUGAAUGGAAUAGUUUAAACGAUCAGUCUGGUGGUCAACUAAUGGGGACUAGUUUAACAAGACAAAAAUUAUUACAAGAUGCUAUGGAUGUUCAUUUAAGAAAUGAAUUAAUCAGACAACAGACAGAAGUUAAACAACUACGUGAUAUCUGUGAUCGUGGAGUGGAAAUGAUGUUUGAACAAAUGAAUAAACGAUUAGAUUCUGUAUCAAGUCUAGCAGCAUCUAGACGUAGUCGAGUACUCUUAUCACAAGCAGUUGCUGAACUAGCAAGAGCUACGGCUACAGCAUCAGCAUUACAAUUAGCUGAGGGUUUGAUUACAUUCAAUGAGACAGCUGAAUGGGCUAUGAAUCGUCUUCAGGCUGAUUUAGUUGAAACUGAAAAAGCUUUAGGAAGUUCUGAUUGGCUUACAGGUGCUCGUAUUAUCUAUUCCGAGAUUGUUCGUCUGCGAGCUCUUACUCCAGAUCCAAAUGAUCCAACACGUUCAUUCUUGGCUUGGGCUAAACUGAUCUCACCAGAAACUAAUCUAAACAAUCUACAAACACCACAACUUUCAUUGCCUAUAAAUUUACCAUCAUUAGAACCAGAACAAUUUGUUAUACCUACACCGACAAUAAAAAGAACUUCAGCAACCCACGGGACAUUAUCCGAUAUUGAUGAACCAGAAUAUGGACCAGUUUAUGCACCGUUUGUACCACAACCGAUAGAUAUUGAGACAAGCGGAGAAUUCUGGUCACCCAAUAGUGUUCAGGACUCAUUAACCAAUCUAGAUGAAGCUGGCGAAUUCUUGGAUAAACCGAUCAGUAGUGAUAUCAAUUCACAACAGACAUCAUCUUCUAAUGGAACACAUGCUAAUAAUAAUAAUAAUAAUUUAAAUGGUUAUGGUGAUACUGACGGUGAUUCAACUACAUCAAACAGUGAAGACAAUUGGAUAUUUUCAAAUUUUGAUUUAGGCUGGGUACAUGUUUUAGGCGCUGCAUUAUUUUUGGAUGCUUUAUGGCUUAUACACCGUGUACUGCAUACUGUAGAUACUGCUGAACGUAUUCUAUACGGUGAUGUUGUAUUUAUCGAUUUAACUGAAGAAGGCCUUCGACGUCGACUUGCGGAACGAAGUAAACUUCGUAAAGGUUUCAAACAUGCAUUUCAAAUAAUUAUGCAACCCAGUACAAUUCGUAAACUGUGCGCCAGUGUCCUCGCCCUCCUCAUUGUUACUCAAGCUUCGGCACAUUUGGAUCGGUUGUUAUCGCAGGAAAUGUUGGACUAUGUGGGAUAUUAUGAUAAUUUGGUUCUACCAGUACAUUUACAUGCUCGUCUUGUCAAUGUACAUGUAACACGUUCUGCUCAACGUUUAAAUCAUUAUGAAUUAGCAAGUUUAGAAUCAGAAGUAAGCCGUAGAUUAAGAGAGACACAAUUUCUACUGCAUCAAUGGACACUUUGGUUAAAUGAUAUUGAACAAGAACAGUGUCGUUUACUACUUGCGUAUAAGGCUGCUGCUCAAAAUUUACGUACAAAAAUGUUGGCACAGUUAAAUCGUAAUUCAGCACUGGCGAAAUUAAAUUUACCUAUUCAUAUGAUAAAUAAGGAACAACAACAACAACAACAGCAAAGAUCAACCUCAGAUUGGAAGUCUCAUUCGUCUUCUUCCUCUUCUAAAUCAUCAUCAUCAUCAACUUCUUCAUCUGCAUCAUCUUCGUUUACUGUGAAUAAUAUUGCUGAUGCUGUUGUACCGAAACACUGUCGAAUGACACAGUCUGAACGUGAUAUAGAAAUGGCUGAAGCACGUCGAUUAGACAUUCCCUAUUGUCCAUUGAAACCGAUUGUUCCAAGACUAUUUAAAGAAUAUAAUGCUUCAUUGUACUUUGCUGAAGUUGUAAUACAAUCUGAGAAUUGGUUAUCAACUGCUCGUGAUUAUUUAGGUCAUUUUUUAUUUUGUAUAUUUAUUUACGUCAGUGCUAUUGUCUUAUGGAAUACAACAGGCUCUGUAGUCUGGUUACUAUUGAACAGACUUAGCCUUCUACCACAAAAAGUUUUAUUCAAAUCAGACAUUUCCAGUUGGCAACCAGUAGAUGUACCACAUCAAUUAUGAAGAUGAAACAUGAAAGAGAGAGAGAGAAAAAGAAAGAAAGAAGGAAAGAAAAUGUGUUAAUUAUCAUCCAUAAGAGAGUAUGCAUGGGCAUGAUUCAUUCAUGAUAAUAUUGUAUAUGUAAUUUUAUUUCAAUUUUAAUUUCUUUAUAUCUCAUAAUAAUACUGCUAAUAAUAAUAAUAAUUUCGCAUGACAAAUGCUCAGCUAAAAGAAAUCUCGAAAUUAUCUAGGUACCAUUAACGAUAAUAACAGUAAUAAUAAUAAUAAUACUGAAGCAUAAGAUAUAACUUCAUUCAACCGGUCAGUUUAUGUAUCUAUUUUAUUAAAAUGUGAUUGGUUAAUUAAUUAUUAACGAUACUGAUGCUUUUAUCUUAAUUGUGAGAUAGAUGUCUAACUGCUGAUUUCAACUUGUACGCAUUUCUCCUAUGACAUAUAUAUACUUUAAGCGACAUUACUCUUGCUUAUUGUUAACAUUUAUUUCUACUGUUUAUGUUGUUUCCUUGGUUGUGUGUACGUGUAUGUUCGUAUAUUUGUGCGUGUGUGUGUUUGUUGUCUUGUUGGCUAAUAUCAUUUCUGUAUUACUUCUUAUUCUUAAUGUUGAAUGUAUUUUCCCCAAUGAAUGUCUACUGAUACAUUCAUGCAUCCAUCCAUGACAUAGACACGAAGUCAAGAGGAAGUGUAUACACACAUACAUACAUACACGCAUAUACGCACCUAUCUACCUACCUAUUUACUAGCCUACCGACACAUAGGCGUUUCCUUUUCUACUUACUACAAGUGUUCAUUUCUAUUUGUAAUCAUCA